AUUUCCAUUUCGUGCCUAUCUGCACCAGAAGCAGUUCGGAGAAUCUGGCCAACUUCAUCGCCGCAGCCUGACUGGCAGCAAGAACCAUGUUCUCGGCGGUUAUAUAAAUUCCAUCCUUCAUUCCUCUUUCCUCCCUCCCUUCUCUAUCUUCCUCAAUACUCUCUUGCUUUUUCUUGAGCAAAUAAUGGCCUCAACGUCGGUGACGGGCGAGGUUCAAAAUAAGCAGCUCUGGGAUGAGGCACUUACGCGGCUCCUAGACUUGUCCACUGUCACCAUCAAGCGUAGUGUCGAUCUGGAGGCUCGAGUCGCUGAGCUCGAACUCGAACUCUCCGUUUGGAAACAAGCACACUCUAAUGUGGUCGAUAUGGUUGAACGCGAUAAAAAAGCUCAUAACGUACAGGUCGCCACGCUUAACAAGCAGCUUUCCUCUCUUGAGACUAUCAAAAAUCCCUUUAUUCUGUGUGCUAUCGAUGCCAAUACCAACGUUUUCAACCAGGCGCUGUGGGCCCAAGGUCACCAAGGUGGUCGGCACGCUGCUCAAAAACUCACCCAGGGGAUUGCCGAGUACCUCUCCCAGGAAGAUGUCCAAGUAUUCGGCCGACUAUCAUUCUGGAUUAUCAUGUUUGUAGAUCGUGAACGCCUCCUCGCGACCCUACUCGGGAGCAACAUUUGCACUGUUGAGCAGUUCAAAUCAUUCUUCGUUGGCUUUAGCGAGUCGUCUCCUCGCUUCCUUGUUGUUGAGACUGGCCCUGGACAAAAUGCUGUGGACGCGAAACUCAAAGAGUACAUAGAAACCUAUACAAGAUACCCUCAGACCCUGCGGCUCAUUCUCGGGGGCGGAUAUGACUCCGAGUACUUGGCCACAUUCAACUCACUCAACGAAGAGGAACUUAUGGGAAAACUGGCUCUACUGAAGGGACCAAAUGAUCCUGCAGACGAUAUACAGCAGUUGGCUUUGCCAGUCAUCGCUGUCGAAGAUCUGUUCGAGCUCCAUAAAUUACCCAGUGCCGAUAAACGGCCUGGACCAAUUUCGUUGCCUCCGCCAGGUAUGGGGAGUAUUACCACUAAUGGCGGACUGAUUAGUCCUCAGUCUGAAUCGCACUUUUCUCGGGCAUCUGACCCUUCUAAGACAACGAGGAACCUGAAGCUUAUCGAUGCGACGAAGCCUUUGCAUAAACAGUCUCCACCACCAUGCAACGAGCAUUACCUCAUGACGUGUUCUAAAGGGUCUACAUGCAAGUACUCUCAUGAGUGGGAUCUCACUCCCGAGCAGUUGGAUACUCUGGCCAAGAACGCAAAGAAAGCGCCCUGCAACUACUUGAAGAAUGGUCUUGGAUGUCCAUAUGGCGAUAGAUGCUGCUGGGGUCACGUUUGCCCAAGCGGCUCGCGCUGCUUUCAUUUGAGCAAGGGAAAAUGCUGGUUUAAAGGCGCAACUAUGCAUCCUCCCGUUGGUCAGGAUGAUAGUGUUUGCUCAGGAUGAGAUUAUUUUUAUUGGCCUUAGAGCGGCUUCGUCUACAGUACACGUUUCAUGCCUUCUAUGCACGCGCGACACUCUCUUGACCCCUUCGUUCUUGCCUUAUACUUAUAUGACCGCCACUCCGGAUCAGGAUUGGGUUCCACAUGCUUCUUCUAUCCUUAUGGAUCUGACCCUGGCCGACUUGCUAUUAACUGACUGGCGAUGUAUUUGACUUGCCAGUGGCUGAAAAGUUCUCGUAUAUCUGUGUAUUAUUUAGGAUGGUUACUGUGAUGUGUAAUGAUUAUUCAUACGCGAACCUUGCGUUUUCGCAGUGUUCGCCACGGUCUUUUCCGAC